AUGAGUGUGAGAUAUCAGUUUGAAAGAUCUGCGUGGGCUUGUUCUACCGUCUCCUUGCCUUGCGUUGUUGUCUUAGCUGAGAUGUGCAAGAUAUGGCCAUAUAUCAUAUAUCCGGCCGGUGUUGAUGAGAGCUUGAAUCUGAAUAGUGGAAGUUCACGAAGCGAUGAAAACAACCGUGACAUGGCUAGAACGAUUGAAAUAUGUAUUCAUGGGUUCCCUCCUACGCCGCCUUCUCUUUUUGUUCCCAAAAACGCCGUUUUCCAUCCAUAG